UUUAAGCGCCCCAUUCCAACACCGCCACCGCCGUCUCCUUUGCUUCGCCUCCGGCGAUCAUGCAAACCCUAGCUCUCCGAGCUCCUCUCACUCGUCUCCAUUCACUCAGACCCAAGCUUCUCUUCUUCUACUCCACCUCAGCCGAUGAUCCCCCCCAUCGCCGUCGCCCCGAGAGCUACCAUUCGUCGUCAGUGAGAAGACAGCAUGAGGAGGAGAGCAGGAGCGUUAGGGUUACGGUCUGGUGGGAUUUUGAGAACUGCUCUAUUCCCAAUGGCGUCAAUGUCUUCCGCGUUGCUCAACGAAUUACCUCCGUGCUUCGCUCCAAUGGAAUCAAAGGGCCUGUGACUAUAAAUGCCUUUGGGGAUGUUGCGCAGCUCUCACGCGCCACUCAAGAGGCCCUCACUUCCACCGGAGUUUGCCUCACGCAUGUGCCUCAUAGUGGAAAGAACAGCUCUGAUAGAUUUUUCAUGGCGGAUCUCAUAUAUUGGGUUUCUCAUAAUCCGCCACCAAUGCAUUUCUUCUUAAUAUCUGGCGAUAGAGACUUUGCAAACAUUCUACAUCGCUUGCGAAUGAGCAACUAUAAUAUUCUUCUUGCUAGUUCAGAUUGUGCUUCAAGUGUCCUAUGGAGUUCUGCAACAAUUAUGUGGCCAUGGAAUGGAUUGGUUAGAGGAGAAGAUGUUGUUGUCAAGCAUUUUAACCAUCCUCCUGAUGGUUUUUAUGGUUCUUGGUAUGGUCACUAUAAGGGUAUUCUAGAUGAUCCCUUUGAAAAUAUGGAUCAAACAACCAUUUCACAACCUAAGGAAUCUAUGGAACAAAUUGCAGAUACAAAGCCACGUCCUAUUCCUAAAGCACUAGUUAAUGGUAUUAGCAGGAUACUGAACUUCUACCCGGAAGGAAUAACCUUGUCUGAACUUCGAGCAGAGCUAAUGAGAAACAAUUUGAAUAUGGAGAAGGAUUUCUUUGGUUAUAAGAAUUUUUCUCAUCUUCUUUCUUCCCUCACAAACAUUUUGCGGUUUAAACCUCAUCCUUCUGGUGAGGGCCAGCCACUGGUAGUCAGCACCCGCAAAAAGCUAGUGGAACCAGUUGAAGCCACUCCAAAGCCGGUUAUGGAAAAAAUGGUCAGUAAUGAGGAUAAAGAGCGGACAUCAACAAAGAGUAUUAAACAGCCAUCCCCUGCAACUGGACCUAUUAUUUCUCCAUCUUCCAAAUCCAAAGAGACUGAUGUAGCUACUAGUGCAGCAAGCAUUUCUACCAGAAAAGAUGUAACCGAUCGUCAGCCUGCAUCAAUUGAUGCUGAUGCUAAUCUUAGAGAGACCAGUUCAGGCAUUGUCGCAACUAAUACUUUGAGUUCCCAGCAAAAACCUGAUACUGCUGGAGAGGGUUUAUUCAGAAAAUUUUGGAGGGCUUUAACCGGUAAUAAAGCAGUUCAGUCUAGUGAGGAAUGUGCUGUUGUUUUGGAUUCUGAUAAGGAGGCAUCUCCUAAAAUGGAACCAAGCAAGCAGAGAGGUGGUUCGUCCAGAAAAGCUCAUUCAGAAGACAAAAAGAUUCAUACAAAGAAUGGCCCUUCCCAUUCAGUAGUAAAUUCUCAGUCUUCAAAUAUGAAUAAAUCACCUUCAACAGAUAAACUCUCAAGGCAGCCUGAAAACUGCAUAGAUACACCUAAUAUUGAUUCUAGCUAUGUCAAUGGGGUUGCUAGAUGGUGGAAAUUCUUGUUCCAUGGCUCAGAGAGUCCAGAUGAUCGUUCAGUUUCCAUUGAUACGAGUGCAAAAGAAAAUGAUUCUGGUACUCCUGGAAAACUUGUUGAAGGAUUGGCUCAAGCAAGCUGUCGGCUAGAAGCUCAUGAUAUAUUUUCCAAGUCUCACUUCUGGAAUUCUCUUGAGCUAUUUUUACAUGAUUCUAAGGGAACUGACCUUAUAUUAAAAUCCAGAACAAGGGAAGAAUUGGUUCAUGGACUGCAAAAUGAGAGCCCUUCAUUUCUCAAAGGUCUCGAGGAAAACCACCUUCAUUAUUUGGUAGAUUUAUUAGUUUCAGAGAAAAAAUGGGUAGAAGAAUAUAGUUUUCAGACUUUCCCGUUUAAACUUGUAAUGCCUGCCAGAGAUAGUGUUCCACCUAAUUCUCAAAGUCCAAAUGGCUUGAGUUCUCUCUUCACUAAUGGACCAUCACAGUCCAAACCUGAGAAAGGACAUAAUUUCGCAAAGAAGAAAACUCGAAGCAGAGAAGAAAUACUUUGUGAUUGCCACAAACUCUUGGUAGAGCUCUUGAAGGAAAAUCCUGAUGGCUUCAACAUGUGCACCUUCAAACCAGCAUUCAUUCAGAAGUAUGGCUACAUACUAGACCAUCAAAUGCUGGGCUACCCAAAGCUUGCAUCUUUAUUAAACAUAAUGCCUGGGGUGAGGUUAGAAUCCUCUUUUAUUCUGCCGGCUGGAAAGUUUUGUUUGGAUUCCGGCGGCAAGAAGUUGGCUGCGGAUGAGACAAUUUGUCAAUCCCCAGAAGUUGACAGAGGGGAGACCAUCAACCUAAACAGCAAAGGCCCGAGUAGUGGUGAUGAAUCAGCAUGGGAAGAGUUAGGACCUGUAACUGAAACUGGUAAUAAAGUUAGCUUCAGCGAAGCAUCUCUUUCAGAUGAGGAUUUUACUGAUUCUGAGGAUGAUGAUGUCUCCCGGUUUACGGAAUCUGAAAGCCAGCACAAAACAGGCGAGGAGGAAUCUAGUGCUCUUUUGCAGGUUCUUGAUUCAUGGUAUAGCAGCAAAGAAAGUGAGAAGGAUCAAAUGAAGACCGCUGAUGGUCUUGUGGACUGUUCUGGAAACAAUGCGCAGAAUUCUUCUAAUCAAAAAGCGUCAAAUUUUUCAAAGCUCAAGACAAAGCACCACAGAACCUAUUCCUUUGUUUCGGACUCAGUUGAUGAGAAGGAAAAGUUGGUUGAUAGCAUAUUGGAGAGUUUGAAGAAAGGUGGGCCGUCGAAGGUGCAUAGUUGAGUAGAAUCUUUUGUUUGGUAACUCAGAUACUAAAUAUUUCAGACUCAAGUGAUAGCGGCCACAACAGAAGUUAGGUCUCUGAUAAUAUUUGAAUAAUUUUCAUGAACCAAGAAUACUACGCCAUAUCCUAGAUUUGCUGCACAUCAGCUGACAAGCCGGAUCAAAAACCUAGAUGGAUUCCAUGAAGUGGCAACAGACUCAGGUACUGAUGUUUUGCUAAUUUUCUGAAUCACAGUUACCUUCAUUUUCAUGCAUGAUUUGAGAUUUUAGCUGUUGAAUUUUGUUUAGAAAUGCUGAUAUUAUUUGAAAUGAAAAGCUCGGUAUUCAUAUUCA